AUGCAUCGCGCGUUCGCCGGUGACCCCGCGGCGCGCCGCGCGUGCGCCAUCGCCGCGCUCGACGUCACGCGCGCCGCCGGAACGUCCACGGUGACGCGAUGCUACGCCGAGUACCCAGUGAAGAUACUCACGCCCAAGCGUGGGAUCGACAGCGCGUGCGAUUGCGCGUGGGCGUACGCGGUGAACAUGGGCGGCGGGUUGGUGAGCGGUGACGCGAGCGGGGCGACGAUACGCGUGGACGACGAGUGCGCGUUGGCGAUGGCGACGCAAGGGACGCAAAAGGUGUAUAAACACGAUACACGACGAUGGAACGACGACGUGAAAACGCGCGAGGGCGAUGACGCGUGGAAGGUGGGAGAGACCACGUCGGCGCUGUACGCGAGCGUCGGACAGGGGGGGUUGUUGGCGUUGCUGCCGGAUCCCACGCAAGUAUUCGCCGACGCGGUGUUUCGACAGACGCAGACAAUCGAUAUGCACGAAAAUGGAUCGUGUGUGUGCGUGGAUUGGAUAACGGCGGGUAGAAUCGGGUACGGGAACGAGCGAUGGGCGUUUGAGAGGGCGGACGUGCGCACGCGCGUGACGGUGAACGGUGAACCCGUCGUCGUCGAAGCCACGCGCUUGGAGGCGUCUUCGCGAGUUUCUUUGAACAGCGACGUCUCGCUCGGGAUGAGAAUGGGUGCGGCGAACGUGUUCGCAUCGCUCAUCAUAAUCGGUCCGCGCGUGCGGGAGCUCGCGAAAUCGUGCGGUGAUUGGGCCCGCGCUUUGGCUACGCGCCACAUGGCUCACGGCGGCGCGUCCUGGGUGCGCGCUUCCGCCGACGACCUCACUCAAACCGACCCUCAGUCGAAGUUAUUCGUUUCCGCGAGCGACUUACCCCUUCCACAUCCCGGUGUCGUUCUCCGCUUUUUCGCCGCGGAUACAGAAUCCGUGCAAGACGUCCUCCGCUCGCUCCUCGCCCCUCUCGCCUCCCAGCUCGGCGCACCCCCGUACGACGAGCGCGGCGGUUCCUGA